GCUGGUGACGGGGAGGACGCGGCGCCCGCGGGGGAAUGUGGGUAACAGGAGGGAAAGAUGUCGGACGAUGAGAGCCAGGAGCAGACGAUCGCUGAGGACCUGGUGGUCACCAAGUACAAGAUGGGCGGUGACAUCGCGAAUCGUGUUUUGAAGAUGGUGGUGGAUGCAGCAAGGGUGGGUGUGUCUGUUGUAAGCCUGUGUGAGAAAGGAGAUGAAAUGAUCAUGGAGGAAACGGGGAAAAUCUUCAAAAAGGAGAAAGAAAUGAAAAAGGGAAUUGCCUUUCCCACGUGUAUAUCAGUGAACAACUGUGUCUGCCACUACUCUCCUCUUAAGAGUGACCCUGACUACGUCCUGAAAGAGGAAGACCUUGUUAAAAUUGAUUUGGGUGUCCAUGUGGAUGGAUUUAUUGCUAAUGUGGCCCACAGUUUUAUUGUUGGUGUCAGUAAGGAUAGGCCUGUAUCUGGUCGUAAAGCUGAUGUCAUUAAGGCUGCACACUACUGUGCAGAAGCGGCUCUGCGGCUAGUGAAGCCUGGCAAUCAGAACACUCAAGUGACAGAAGCCUGGAACAAGAUUGCUCAGUCCUUUAAUUGCACUCCAAUAGAAGGCAUGCUGUCACACCAGCUCAAACAACACAUUAUUGAUGGGGAGAAAACAAUCAUACAGAACCCCACAGAUCAGCAAAAGAAAGAUCAUGAAAAGACAGCAUUUGAAGUACAUGAAGUUUACGCUGUUGACGUAUUAAUCAGCACUGGAGAAGGCAAGGCAAAGGAUGCUGGUCAGAGAACAACGGUGUAUAAGAGGGACCCAACACAACAAUAUGGUUUGAAAAUGAAGACUUCUCGUGCCUUUUUUAGUGAGGUUGAAAGGAGGUUUGAUGCUAUGCCCUUCACUCUGAGGGCAUUUGAGGACGAGAAAAAAGCCAAGAUGGGAGUUAUGGAGUGCGCAAAGCAUGAACUUCUACAGCCAUUCAGUGUACUAUAUGAGAAGGAAGGAGAGUUUGUGGCUCAGUUUAAGUUCACAGUUCUGCUCAUGCCAAAUGGUCCAAUGAGAAUUACCAGUGGAACAUUUGAAACUGAACUUUACAAAUCUGAAUUGGACAUUAAGGAUCCUGACCUAAAGGCCUUACUUCAAAGUUCUGUUAGCCGAAGGAAUCAGAAGAGGAGGAAGAAGAAGAAGGUGGCUUCCCAGUGUGGACUCUCUGCCACCACUGGCAACACCAAUGAGGAAAAUGAGACUGGAGACUGACCUCCGGUAACCAUAGCCCCAGAACUGACCUGACCUUCCUUUGACAUACUGUCUGUACCUGAUGGCGAGAUCCAUCUCCCAGUGCUGUUGGUGUACAGCUUGUGGGACCCUUUUCACCAGCUCCUAUAUUCUUACAUUGAGGGAGGACCACAGGACUCGCAUUUAUGACUGCAGACUACUUCCAAAACAAAAUAAAAAAAACAAAAAAAAACUUUGUGCUAUUUGUAUGGUUUUAUAUUUUCUAUCCAAGUGAGAGCAUAUGGCAGAGGGUAAUUGGUAUUGGAUACUGAAAGGUAGCUGUUUAACUCUUAACGCCAACCCUCUUUGCAAUAGUUUCCCUUUGAUGUUUGUGUAGUCAUCCAACUUGUUGGCUAUUACUGCUUAUUGAGACAGCAUAAUAGACAUCAAAUGCUGUUGGGUCAGAACUUGGGGUGGGUGGAAUACAGCUGGGGGGUGUGGAGUUUCUUGGGUUAAAACAUUUUAAAACUGUAUAGCUUAUUAGAAGUCAGUUUCCACCUUUUUUUUGUAUCCAGUUUUAUGAAAUAUUGCCAAUUUCCCAGUUUACUUAUUGUGGUUCUAAAUAAAUGCUGCAUGUGUUUAUGGUCUUUUCUCCAGUAGAGUUUUCUGUAGACUCGAAACAGCUCAGGAUAAACUGAAAACAUGCAUUUCAAAGCUAUUAUUAAUUAUCCCGUGUAAUUCAGAAGGAUUCGGCAAUUUCCGGGAAACUGGAACUUUUAAGAAAAUUAGCACUGCAUUUAAUUGUGACCCUCUGUGAAUGAUGGGCCAAAUAACUAUUGCAACAGGCCAGUUUGGAGACCAUGUACAUUGUUUCUGUACUGUGAAAUGGCUGCCUCUUUCUCUAUUUCAUAUUUUUGAGGAAGAGGGAAUUUACAUUUUACAGACCUGAUUUGCAGGAUUGGAAGUGUACUUGUGAGCACAGGCUGGAUUGAUGCAGAUUUGUAUUAUAUAAUAAAUUGUGUGGUUCUGUCUGAUUUUAGUGUCUUUAACGAUUGGCUGGUAUUCUAUUCCCGGUUGCAAAUGCUGCCCCAACCUUUUUAAUUUAAGAAAACAAAAAUAGCGUGCAGCAUAUAUACCAAACUGGAAUAAGAACUCUUGUUGUGUUAGCCCUUGCCAUCAAUGACUUCUCUGUGUUUAUGUGAGAUAGGAGCUCAGUGUAAUACCAUGAUUUGUUUUGGGUCACUGUGGGGAUUAAAUAAAUAAGUGAAUAUUA